AUGAAGAAAUUUCCCACAUGCACACCAGAUCUUCGAAUUGUUGCAGAAGGGGAUGACGUGGUGACGACUUCCCAGAAAGUCAACCUCCGGGAUGAACUCGAAAACAUCUGUAAAGCUCUACAGGGUGACAAAUCAUAUUGGUACCAACAAUUCAUUCCCAUGCUGCCCUGUAUCCUCUCUGCUGAUGAUGAACAAAGCAAAAGUCGACUACAAGUUUUUCUCUGGGCAUUGCUUGCUGUUAGAUCCCAGUUUGGGAUGUUGGAUGAUGGUGCUCGGAUUCAUGUUAUUCCUCAUUUGUUCCGUGAAGCAGUUGACUGUGGUAAGUUGAUGCUGGAAACCAGUAUUGUUGGAAGAGAUGAAUCAUUAGAUACAAGCAGUGUCUCAAAGGAAUUCGGAACAAUCCAUAACUUGAUACAAAAGGAUUGUGUGCGUAUUGCGGUUUCAGAUGAGGUUAAAUAUUUAAGAAAUAGUCGUGCCGAGCAAACAAAACAAGUUGCUGAGUUUCAUGUUAGAAUGAAUGAAAUUAUAUCUUCUGAUUUGAAUCAACGGAGAGCUUUUGAAGAUGAUAUACACAGUAGCUUAAGUUCUAUUCUUGCCUCAGAUGAUAGCAUAGGAGCUUCCUUUCCUCACAGCCAUGUGAGUGAAGAAGUGGCUGCAAUUUGUGAUGCCAAGUUAAAAAGUUCAGACAUACAGGCUGUAGUUUUAUUUAUUUAUUUUCCUCACAGCCAUGUCAGAGUAGUAGUAGAAGUGAUGGUUAAGCAGAACAAUGUUUUCCCAAACAAGGAGAUGCAAUGGCAACAAAAGGUUGUUAAAGUAUUUCCAAGGCCAGCUGUAUCACUUUGUCCUCAGGUUCAUUGUGAAACCUCAAAGUACAACAUGAAACUUAGGGAGGACCGUGGAUUUUCUCUUGAAGAGUUGAAGGUGAACCCCGAUAUGGUAUUACAGCUUGAAAAUGUUGGCCUGAGUUUUACAGGAAAAGGUGAAAGUAGCCAGCGGAAGCUAAUCGCUAGUGGGUCCCAUGCUGGUGAAGAGGAGGGAACCCAUGUGAUUUUACAGCUCUCCAAUUCUCCAAAGUCCAAGGUGAGUGUUGUAAGAAACGAACAAGGUGGGAACUCUGUGACAACUGUUUUGCUGCGUGGAAGUGCAGAUAGCAUACUUGAUGAUCUGGAAAGGCCUGUUGAUGAUGGUGUAAAUACUUACAAGGCCUUAUGCAAGGACAGUAGAAUUGUGCUUGGAGCUGCAGCCACUGAAAUUGAAUUAGCAACAAAACUGAAGGAGUUUUCUUUCUCGGAGACAUGGUAG